CGUAUCGCCACGUCUGCGCGCAUGCGCAGAAUCCUUUCGUUUGUGUUCCGGGGUCGGUCAGUCAGUGUGUACAGGGUGCUUUAGUCUUUAACUUAGUGCCUUUUCUGUUCAAUUAAAAACAGAAAACUGAGGGAAAUCGAGUCUUGUUGAAGAGGCAGAGGUGAUUUGAACAGGGCACCGAGAGGACGUCUUUGAAGAUGAGUUUCAUUUUCAGAGGAAUGAUGGGUGGGCAGCCAGCCGGGCCGCAGCCGUCUGGAGCCGAGACGGUAGGAGAGUCUGCCUGGCUAGCUGCGGCUAACUCCGAUUUUCAGAUGACUGUGUGACUGUCAGACCGUGAUAACACAAAUAUAAUACAUUAGGAUGGUUGAACACCUUGAAUGUCCUCCUUUUAAACCUACAGCAUUUGUUGUUGGGAGGCUCGGGGCCUUUUUAAAAGAGGACAACAGAGCAGUUCAGAAGCUAAUUGGCUAGUUAGCUAACGAAGGAGCAAAGCUGUCAGUUAGCAGCAGCUGGGUUGUUUGGCUGUUUGACAUUUCUGCUGUUUCCCUGUGGGAAGAUCUGAAUGAAUGAAAAUAAAUAUAACACACUGGAUCGUAUGUUGUUAUACAAGUAAUGACCGUGAGUGGCUUCGUAAACAACCUGUAAAUAUGAGUAAAUAAAUGUGUGUGAUGUGUGUAUUUAAUGGAUAGGGUUAAAAAGAUUGAUAUAUCCACACCGUAAAGGAUUGGUGCCAGCUGAGCAAACUGUUGCAGUAAAACAAAGGUCCUCUACUAAUGCACUGAUACAGAGAUAAAACUAAAGAUGACUUUAAUGAUCUUCUCCUCAGAGUAAUACCCUGAAUUGUCAAAGGCGAUAACCCAGUCUGCACAGGUCCUAAUCUCAGUAGAGAAGAGUUCAGGUCCCAGAGGAGAUGAAACAGAGUCCUGUAUGAAAGACUUUAAUAUCAGUGCAAAACUGUUCUUCCCUUACAAUGAAAUCUUUUCUACACAAGUUCUGCUUUUGACUGCUUGGAGAAGCAUUUAGGCUCUCCUGCACUGUUCAUCAAGCCUGUGUUAGCUUGUUUUUCUCAGUUAUUGGCUGUUUCAACCACAACCAGCUUAAAGUCAACAUUUAUCAACACUGCGCUGACCUUUUCUUGCUCUUUGCAAUAGGAAGCAGAGGCUAUUAUUACAGACUAGUGUUUGUCUUUAGCCCAUUAUAUCUAAUGGAGCUGGGAGGAUAUGCUUUUCUCCCGAUUCGAUUCUUCUGUGAUUUUUUGGAUCCCAAUGUGAUUUAAAUUUCGAUUCUUGGAUAUUGUCGAUUUUCUCAAUAUUCAGUCUGCAUUUUUAACACCAGUGAAACAGUUAUGAUUGUCUACUGACAAUUCCAGGAACCAUAGUUCCCCAAAAAUACACAUCACAUUUAAGUCAGAUUUUAAAAUUUAUUAUUAAAUUUGAAAAAAAAAGAAAGAUUUUUGAACAUGAAAAUCGAUCUAAAAAUUGUAAAACAAAAAAUCGCCAUGCUUAUGUGAAUCUAUUUUUUCUCCCACCCCUUUUUAUCUAAGCAGUGUGCCUAAUGUUGUCAGCUUCAUAUAUCCUGAGAUUGCAAUUGUACAAACCAAAGCGUUAACUGCAGCUUGAUAGCAAACAUUGCAAACAGUGUGGCUCAGUUUUUCUCUCAGUGUUACUCCCACCCAAGAAAAAAUCAGAAAGGUGGAAAAUUCUAGACUCACCUUCAAAAAGGACAUUAAUGCUUCUUCAUAACAGAGAACAUGCAUAUUUUAUUUAGAUUAAAACACAAGGCUGUUGAAAAAUAAAUGUGUAUAAAUGUAUUUAUGUAUUUAAGGUUCUUGAAGCAGAAAUAAUUAGAUAUUAACAAUUUAAAAAAUUACAUUUCAAAAGCUUGAAGGAAAAUGUGAUGAAAAUGUAUGUAUACAUAAGUAAAUAAUGAUGUGUUUGUUGACAGAUCCAGAAGUUGUGUGAUCGAGUUGCUUCCUCUACACUCCUAGAAGACCGCAGAGAUGCUGUCCGUGCACUUAAGUCCCUCUCUAAGGUAAAUAUUGCACUUAUUUAAAUAAGAAGCUAGUAGUUAAUAAGAGAGCCAGUUUAUGAGACAUACCCAUGUACUCUGUUUUUGUUUCAGAAAAAUAAUUUAGAUUAAUUUAAAACUAAACAUUACAACCUCCAUCAAGGUUGGAUUUUAUUGCAGAGUGUUGCAUAAAUUUGCAUCAUUUUAAUUCCAGUGGACUGGUGAAAGAGAGUCUGUGUUUAUGGUGGUGUUUUGAUUAGUGGUUAACUCAGCGUUAAUGAAGCCUUCAUUGUUUGAUUAUUCAGUUAAUAGGAGUAGCUGUUAACAAAGCCAACAAAAAACAACAGAUUUUCUGUGUUGGAAAAUUUAAACAAACAGAAACCUAUGAGAAUAUAUUUCCCUCUAUCACUGUGUCAUAAAUAAAACUCUUAAAUAGGCAUAGUUAAUCAUGAUGAAGGGAUCCCUGAUAUAGUCCUGUUCAAAGUCAUCUCUUCAUUCUGCUGUUUUGUUUAUGGACAGUUUUGUGACAGGCUGUCCCGUCAGCCAUGAGUAAUGAGUUUAUCAGGCAUGAAUAAGGGGUUUAGGAGGCACAGGGUUGCACAUUAACACUCAGUGAGGUCAGAAAUACAAAGAUGGAUGUGUUGACUUCCUGUAAUUUAGACCAAAUGCCUACAAAUUAGUUACAGAUUAAAACUAACAUGAUAAUUAAUUUUUAAAUAUGUAUGUCUACAUGAAGAAAAAAACACAUUUAUAUGUUUUUUUGUCCUGUAUUUUUUCCUGUUGCAAUACAUUUUGCAAAAAAAAAACAGGUCGCUACAUCAGUUUCCAAAGGUUGUGAAGCCUUAUAUUAAAUGCCCAAAGAGCCAAACAGAACAAACACUUUUCCAGCAAAUGUUUCAAGGUUUAUCUUUAUGCUGGAGUUUCUCUUUUAGUUGUUUUAGCUUUAUUGAUAUCUUGGCAGUUUAUCCUUUAUCUCUUUGGUUUGAUUUUGCUUCUUCAGAUACUUCUAUACAUACUAUUCACACACAAGUAUUCUUUUCCUCCACAUGUGCUAAAUGGCUUUUAAUAUCUUAGGAUCUGACAGAAGUAAAGCAGGAUACUGGACACCAGCUCCUCUCUUUGUAUUGUUUUGAUGAAUUCUGACAACCUUCCUUUUACCUUUUGUAGAAAUAUCGAAUGGAAGUUGGCACACAGGCCAUGGAUCACCUGAUUAACAUUCUGCAAACUGACAGGUGUGUUGAUGUAGCUCAUACUGUUGUUCUUUUGCUCUUACAGCCCUUCUGCACUGAUUAUGUUGACCAUAAUAAAUUCAUCUCUUUUCUAAAAUAAACAGGUCUGACUCUGAAAUCCUGGGCUAUGCUUUGGACACACUGUACAACAUCAUCUGCAAUGAUGAGGAGGAAGAGCAAGGUACAAUACUGUCUCACAAGUUAUGACUAUAAUGAGAUUCUUCUUUAAUCAUUCUUAUCAUUUGAAGCUAAUUCCUCCUAUCAGUGAAUCUCCUGAGUUACUGUUUUGUUUGCAUGCGUAAAAGUAAUUCAUGUGAACUGGACUUGAGUCAAUUUGCAUUCCUCUACACUGACAAUGAUUGCUAUAUGUUAAGAUUCUCGUCUCUCUUCUCUUUCCAUGUUUUAACUCUACAGAUGAAUCAGAAGGUAAAAUUCUUUGUGCAUGAUGCCCCCACUUCUCCUUUGUAACUGGCAGCACUUACAAAUGUUUCUCUUGGUUGGGAAAAAAAAAGUGCAUACUAAAUAGUCUUACUCACCACUCCAACAGCUGACAAAUCCAAAGCCGUGUGUUGGUGUUUGUCAGUGCAUGUACUCACAAGAAUCACUCAGCUGACCCAACACGUCUUCACAGCAGUUUGAAUAAAAGCUAGCUUGUGGGUGAGGCUUAAAACUUCUCUUCCUCUGCUCUCCCAGAUGCAGUCACUCACAUCCUUGUCUUAGGGAUAAGCAUACAAAUGCUUCGGCACCUUGUCAGCAUUGACGCUUUAUGCAGCAUUGCUAAAUCACUUAAUGCCACUAUAUCCGGCUGCAUUGUAAAAGUGACUGAGAGGUUCUUUGCUAACAACAGAAUGUUCCACUAAUAUCAUCUUGUCUCCAAACAUCAGUCCUUUAGUAAUCUCACUGCUUCAUUCUUUUUUUUCCCACAUUUUAAAAACUGCUGGUUUAUGCUCUGUUGUGGUGUAAUUGCACAAAAAUGCAUUGGUGGCUCAUUUUGGAGUGUUUUUCAAAGUCAUAUCAUCUAUACAACCAAAAAAAUGACUUCGCUGACGCCCUCCUCUUGGUUUUCUUUAGAGAGCUGUAGAUUGUUAGAAAAAAGCCAUUUUGUCUUUAAUGUUCUUUGAAACCUGUGGAAGAUUUUUCUCUGGCCCCCUAACAAAGUCCAUUCAACAACAAUAACAGCAACGUGGCAAAUACUUGUAAAAUUAGCAUAUUUUCCCCAUAUUUUGACAUCGCCCAGAACAAAUUAUUUUAGACGCAAAGUUCCCAUAACUAGAGUCUAUGAGAAUAUUGAAAACUGACUGGUGAGAGGUAAUUAUGACUGUUAGAAGAUGCCAAAAUAAUAAGCUGAAAGAUGCCAUAAAGUAUGUGUAGUCAAAUGUAACUGCAGGGAUUUCUAACAAAUAGAAGUGAUUGUCACUGCAAAUGCUCUUUUUUAUGUACCGCAUGUAGGUAAAUCUGGCUCAGACUAUUAAUAUUUGUCUAAAGGUUAUGAUCUAUACAUGUGAAUUUAGUGCAUUGGUGUUUCUGGCUAGUUUGUCCCAUGAAAGCUUCCUGCUCUUCCCACAUGAGACAUCUGUUUGUUUAUGUUCACAGUAGAACCCCUUCACUCCGUUCUCCCUCCCAUCCAGCCGUCCCCCCACAUCUGUGUGUCGCCCUUGGUUUCUCAGACUGUUCCCAAGUAUCACCCUGAGCAUGUGCACAUUGUUUGAAUUGUAUUUAUUCUUUGUCAAGUCGUCAUUCAGUAGCUGGAAACUGCCUGUGAAAAUACAGGCAAGAUUUGAAGACCACUGAUGACCAAUAUCAGAGUAUUGAUUGGGUCUGUUACCAAUUUCAGCUCUCUAUCUCGUUUACAGAUGAGGCUGCUCAGAAGCAGGCUGAUGAUCUGGGUACUCAGUUCACAGAAAAGUUCAUCCAGGACCCUGAACAUGUGACCCUGCUGCUCACUCUGCUGGAGGUACUGAACUAUUUCUCAACAUUUAUAUGAUGCUCAGGAAGCUUUUUAAGCUUUUUAUUAAAGUUUUUUUGGUUUGUUUGUUUUAAGGAGUUUGACUUCCACGUUCGAUGGCCAGGGGUGAAGCUAUUAACCGCUCUUCUCAAGAACCAGGGUACCCAGCUUCAAGGGAUUAUUUUGGUCAGCCCCAUGGGUGAGUUUCUUCUUAGCUUUGUAUUUUCAGAAUUCUACUCAGGCCUGUUUAGUCUCAUACCAACAUGUCUGCAUCCUUAGCGUCUGUUUAGAGAAAAUUUACAGUUUUCACUCAAAGAUGUGAUAUUUUAUCAAAACCUUUAAUUAAUAUUUUUAAAAUUCCACACCUUUUUUUUAUAUCUGUGUCAAUCUGCAGGGGUUUCCCGGUUGAUGGACCUGUUGGCAGACUCCAGAGAGGUGAUUCGCAAUGACGUGAGUACUCAUCCCAGCUGUUAAAGAUAUCGUUUUAGAAAGAAAACCUUGUUUAAGUCUCUGAAACUAAGUCAAACUGUAGCUCUAUGUGAAAAGUAAAAUAAACUUGAUUAGAUUGAGACCAGUCCACUGACAAAGUAGUGAUGCUAGCACAGAGAAACCUGGCUGAAAAAACUUUGGGCGUACCAUGCUCACAUUUGAUGCAACCCUACAAGAUAUAUUUCUUCCUUCCCUAUCCUAUAUUAAUACAGAGCUGAAUUUGGCCUGUACCUCUGCUUGAUGUCAAUAUGGUUCAUUUAUCAUAAAUGUAAUGAAGAAAAUCUAUUCUUCAGUAUAAAAUGUUUCAGGUAGAUGACUGUCUGUUUUCCCUCUCAACAGGGCUUGUUGCUGCUUCAACAGCUGACCAAAAGCAAUGCUGCCAUUCAGAAAAUUGUGGCUUUUGAAAACGCAUUUGAACGUCUUCUAGAUAUCAUCACAGAGGAGGGCAGCAGUGAUGGAGGUACACAUUUAUUUAAAUACAGAAUUUUCUCCAAUGAUCUAAACAGAAUUUUACUGUUUUUCUCUGUUAAGAAUUAUUUUUUUUCUGGGGCGCGCAGAUGGAAGAUCGGGUUAUGUUUUCACACUGUCCUAUCCAUAAAGGCAAAAAUCGCCCCUCAAAAACUUUUUUUUUUCUGGUUGCUAUGACCAAACAUAUACCUUUUUUUUCUCUACGCAGGUAUUGUGGUAGAGGACUGUUUGCUCCUUCUGCUCAACCUCCUAAAAAACAACAGCUCCAAUCAGAACUUCUUUAAGGAGGGCUCCUACAUCCAGCGGAUGAAGCCCUGGUUUGAAGUGGGGGAUGAUAACUCUGGUUGGUCUGCACAGAAAGUCACCAACCUCCACCUAAUGCUCCAGGUAAAACAGAUCCCGGUUAAAUGGUUGCUUUGACCUGAGUGCACUUUGAACAAGCGUGACAGUUGGAUGUUUUUAUGACUCGUAUUGUUUCUCAAUGACGUGUUUCCAGUUGGUGAGAGUCAUGGUAUCCCCAGUGAACUCUCCUGGAGCCACAGCCAGCUGUCAGAAGUCCAUGUACCAGUGUGGUCUGCUGCAGCAGCUGUGCACCAUCCUGAUGGCCACUGGUGUGCCUGCUGACAUCCUCACCGAGGUAAAACCAACGGAGCUGAAGAGGAAUUACGAAUUGUUGAGGACAACUCGUGCUCAUUCAGAGGACUUCUGAUUUUUAAAGCUUUUAAUCUGGUCACUUUCUUUCAGACAAUCAACACUGUGUCAGAGGUUAUCAGAGGCUCACAGGUCAACCAAGACUACUUUGCAUCUGUCAACGCACCUUCAAACCCACCAAGGUGAGACACAACCAGCCAACAAAGAUAUCACAUUUCCAAGGGAUGUCAUGGUACCUAGGAAUACAGAAGUCACAAAUGUUUUGACAAUGUUUCCUCAUGCUUCUCAUGCCUCUCCUCUCCUGUCUUUACAGACCAGCAAUUGUUGUGCUCCUCAUGUCCAUGGUAAAUGAGAGACAGCCAUUUGUGCUUCGCUGUGCAGUCCUCUACUGUUUCCAGUGUUUCCUCUACAAAAACCAGAAAGGACAGGGGGAGAUUGUGGCUACGCUGCUGCCCUCCACCAUUGAUGGUAAGUCACAGUAUAUUAAGAACUUUGACGUAGAAUUAUUGGCUGUUUUGCGAGAAUUUUUAGAGAACCUGUUGACAAAUGAGUAGACACAUUUGGCAGACCAGUUUGUUAAUUUUGUAAUUGAAAAUAUUAAACGAAGAAUAAAAUUACAGGUUUCGUGGUUAGUGAUAAGGGAUUUCCAGCCAAGACUUGUGUUUUGUUCGCUACAUUGUUAACAAUCCAGUUAGCAACUUGAAGAGUCAUUGUUUGGUGAAAUUAGAUAAAAUCUGCCAGUUCAGACGUACUGUUUUGUUUCCUUCCUUUCCGGGAAGUCAGCAGAUUUGUUACUCAUGCUACAAUUUUUUGAUCUAGAACUGGUGUGCAGGACCAAAACAAGCUCCGUUCAAUACAACAAAAGAAAAACUGAACACAGCACAAAAAAAUCAGCUUUACCAGUGGUUAAAGAACACCACAUGAAAAAGAUGAAGUAAAGCUCAGUUUUGUUUCCAAGCUUUGUUCAUUUGUGAUCAAAGUGUUACUAAGUUUGAUUUAAAAGAGUUAAGUCUGGAGUGACCUCUUACUGUUAUUUCAGCAUCUCCCACCACCACAGUUAGAGCUGUUUGGAUACCUGAUACCUCCAUGUUUAACUGUGUAUUUACAUUUAUCUUUUGAUUGACACACUCCCUCUUUUUACUCCAGCCAAUUCCAUCUCAGCGGGCCAGCUGCUGUGCGGAGGCCUGUUCUCAGCAGACUCUCUGUCAAACUGGUGUGCUGCUGUUGCUCUGGCUCAUGCCCUGCAGGACAACCUCACCCAGAAGGAGCAACUGCUGAGGGUCCAGCUGGCCACCAGCCUGGGGAAGCCCCCCGUCUCCCUACUGCAGCAAUGCACCAACAUCCUCUCCCAGGUAGGACAGGAACAGAUGAGCUUACCUGCUUACAUACGAGGGUGAACAUCAGAAAAAUGUGUGUCAGGAAUUUUGCAAACAAAGAUAAAUGUCGUGAACAACAGUGAAUGGAGCAGUGUCACAUUGUGGUUUUUCAGGGAGAUAAGAUCGCCCGGCGGGUAAGCAACACGUGUGAAAAACUGUCUGUGUGUGUUUUGAGUGUUUGGGCGGCACCUCUACUGGUUAUUGUGGCUUGCCAUCUAUAGUAGGGGUCCUGUUGGCCCGUGUGUUUGGGAAUCUUGCCUCUGUUAACCCUUACACUCUGUCUUUGUCCCUAACUGAACUCUUCAGGGAUACACACAUAUGCACUCCUCUCUACUAAUGUUGAAGCAGUGGUUGUUUUCAGUGUUUUUACCAGUGAAGUCUGUUUUAAUUUACGAACGGAAAUCAGUGCGAGGUUCAAACUUGGGGAACAUGGGACCUUGUUUUUUAUGUUUUCUAUUGAUGCCAUUAUAAGACUAACUUUGGCUGUGAUCUUGGACCGUUCCUUCUGCGAGCUCUUUUUAGGAAGUGUUCGCUGCUGCUGCUAAAGCUUUAGGGACUUUUUUUUUUGUAGGAAAGAGAUCGUCACUCUUGUUUUCCUCUGUGAAGGUGUAGGAAUAUUGAAAUAUUUAUACUUGAGAGUAGAGCUGCAAGAUAAUGGCAGAAAUUAAAAUCACAGUCGUUAUAUUUGGGCCUUAAUUUAACAGGACAGUGAAUAGAGCAGAAAACGUGGAGCGCAUGGGGAGGAAAGAAGCCUCAGGCUGGAACUGAGCCUAAGCUGCUGGUGUGUGGGGGGGGGCAGGAUUGGCCUGCAGCACCCUGAAAAUCACCAUCUUGAUAAAGAUUGAGAUCACGUUCGUCUAUCAAGCUAAUUCAUUCACAAAAAUAUUUUUUAUGUAUAUUGUUUAAUUUAAAAAAAAUCUAUAUCCAGCAUCUCAUUUUUUGAUAGGGCUGGACGAGGACAUAAGCUCUGCCCUGGUAUCCACCCUCUGCGCUUUUAACAAACAUCACCUGAUCCUGCUGUCAGUCUGCUGUGAUGCAGGUGGUUUUUUUCCCCUCUGAGCCUUCGAUACCCUUUGUCAUGCGCAACAAUAGUCUAUGUCAGUAUUUGGAUUGUCAAGAGGAAAUUGUGAGUGCAAAUAUUAGUUGGUGACAAUAAAAUGAGCUGCUAAUGAGUACUGUCAGAGUUAGCAUGUCCAAGUAAAGAAAAAAGGAAAAUCAAGCAGUAUGUUUAUGCCUUUCUUGACAUCCUACUUUCACCUGAUUGUUAAUUGCUAAUUGACAAUGAUUGCUGUGGAUUAUGUUCCUUUGAUCAUAUGGAGGCUGAAGUUGGGAUUGAAUUGAGUUAAUUGUGCAGCCCUACUUAAAAAGAUUACUAAAGUCUCAACUUGACUUUAUGAGAUGGUUUUAUUUUAAGAGCUAGGAGGAAACCAGACUCUUUUCAGUCAUACUUCAUCAACCCUCUUGGAGUUACUUAUCUUAUGAGUAGCUCUUCAUGCAUCCUCUCGUUUUGCAAGUUAUUCGUUUUUUUCCUCCAAUGUGGUUCCGUGUACCGGUCUAUAAUUUGAGUCUUUGGCAGUCUGUUAAAAUGCAUGAACCUAACUGCUUCUUCAUGGUGAUUUUUCUUGGUUUUUGUUGCUUGUUCUCAAGAUGCAUGACUCAUUCUGGAUCAGGGGAACUGGGCCCGUCUCCUGGGUAACCACACCACUUUGUCAUGUUAAGCCAGCAAGACACAUCAAGGCUUGUUGUAGGGCUCUGCUGUAUUUGCAGUCAGGCAGAAGGCAAAGGCAAUAUGUCCUUGCACCAUAUGCUGAGGAUGAAAGUGGGACCUUUGUGGCGUAAAAUAGCCCACAGAGAAGGAGUCAGAGUACGCUAAAGCAGGAGGACACACUUGAUUCCAGUCGUGGAAUUUUCUUUAAAUCUCUUUUUAGUUUGAACUGUGAGGAUGGAGCUGACCCUGAAGGCAAACAUCUUGAUAUUCCAGUUAACCAACACAUCAGCCCUUGCCUACUGUAUGGUCUUAAACCAAAAAACAUGGAUUAGCGCCCUCUGAACCCAUAUGACAGGGUCAGAUUCAGUGAUUAUUCAUUUCAUUCACCCUUUUCUCUGUAUGACUUAUCUUUCAACAAUGUCAAUGUGAAUGAACCUAAAUUUAAGAUUGGAUUAUAACUCCUGCCUCUUCAUCAUUAAUGAGCCGGUAGUUCUACAAUUUCAUAAUAAUGUCCUCGAGUCUAAAAACGCAGAGAACUGGAGUUUUUGUUUUGCACAAUAUGUAUUGAUAGAUGGUUAGAACUUUUUAAAUAUAAAUACUUAAACUGCAUCACAGGAACUUCUUGUCCUUGAAGGUCAAUACACACAUUUUUGCAUACUGUACCUUUUUAAAGUUGUUUUUUUCCCCCACAUUUAGAACAUGAGCACAUACAUUGAGGAAGUCUAUAUGUUUUUUUAGAAGCUUGAAUAUCUGGUGUCAUGUUUCUGUCUUUUGUUUUCCUCUUCAUUUUUUGCAUUUCGUCCCAUUUGGAGACUAAAUCUGAAAAGGUGAUUUUGUACAUUUUUGCAGUAUUGGAUGCUGAUAAGUUUUUUUUUGUUUUCUCACAUCUUCAUCGCGUAAAUCUUAAAUCCUUUCUAGAUUUUUGGCAUCAGUUUUUUUCAGGGCUGCUCCUCCUGAAGCAUGGUGUGCAUUAAGUGAUAAUGCACUAGCUUUUGAGCAUCCUUCACCUACAUUGUUUAUUUUCAUCAUGGUUCAUUCCAACUCCAUGAAAACUCUGCCUUUUUUUUCUACGGCCAAUUAUGAAAACAUUAUACAAAACAUCAUGCAGUGAAUGUGUUUUCAUUUAAAGCUGAACUUUGUAAAGUGGAAAUGAAACCCGGGAUGUCGGAGAUCUUGCUGUAAAUCUCCAUUAGCUGCAUUUCAAAGCUGUUUUCAUGGAAGUGCAUGAUUUCCCUCCCCCAUAUUUCUAUGACAGAAAUCAUUUUUCCUUGAAAAGCACAAUUUGCAAUUUUGGCUUUGCAUGUGCUGAUAUCAAAUUCUACAUCCAAGUUUUAAUUCUGAGUUCACAAUACUUUCAUUUGCAAGUCAUCAAAUCACUUGCAGAAUAAAAACUGCAAACCACAAGCUGAUUGAAAUUCUGAACUUGUGGACAACAUGAUGGCUGGAGGUAAAGAUAAGGACUGAUUGUUUAUUUCUGGCUCGCUUUGAUCACCUCAGCUUUUUUUGAAUAUAAUGAAUGUACUAAUUUUGACUGUCCUUGUUCUGUGUUUGUGAUAAGAUCAUUAAUAGCUACUAAUGUUUGCUGUGAAUCAAUCAAGUGCUUCGUAUUAACCGUUGUGAUUUACCUAACCAUAUCAUGGCAAGCCUAAGGUUUCAGUCUCAGCAUAUAAGGAGGAAGAUUUAACAGGGCAACUAAUGGAAAAGUCAGGUGCUAGCAAACCAAUGUUUUUCUUACACAGAAGCACUUUACUGCCAAUUAAGUAGCUCUCUAAUUUUUUUUCUUUUUUAGCCCCAUUUUAAGAAUAUAUUUUGAGAGAUUUCCAGAUUGAUUCUCCAUGAAGUGCUGAGAUGUUUCCCAUUUCAUCUUAAUCUCAAACCAAGAUCAGUUUAAAAAUUAAAUCCAGUAAUUAUUACUAUGAUCAAAUUUGAUUUGUACUCAGGUUCAAAUGUGAGGCCGUUUGCUUUUAUAUUCAUUAUAUUUUUCAUCUCUCAGUAUCAAACAUAACUUCUCAUUGCAUUCAAACAUUUUUAAACUAUCCCAAAAAUAUGACAUGGUUGGCAAAUGUCUGUCUGCCAUGUUUUUUACAUUCAUUGACAUUUGUUAACAUUUCUCAUAUUUUUUUUUCUUUUUCUACAGGGCAGUAAAGUUCAAACAAGGGUGGGCCUCCUCAUGCUGCUGUGUACGUGGAUCAGUAACUGUCCAAUAGCUGUCACACAUUUUCUACACAACCAGGAAAACGUCCCCUUCGUAUCCUUAAAGCCGCUUGUGAAUCAUUUAAAUAAAAAUCACACUACAUUUCUUUUUUUGGACAUACUUUUUUUUUUAUGAAUACACUCUAACCUGAUAAACUUGAACUUGAACAAACAAAAGUGAUCAUCAUUGGGAGAAUCAGAGUCUAACUCUCAAUGCCUACCAGUGUGUGAUAGAUCCUUGACUCUGUGACUCGUGCAGCUGAUGGCCCAGAUCUCAGAGAACCUGGGAGAGGAUGAGAGGCUGGUACAGGGUCUUUGUGCGCUGCUUCUCGGCAUCUGCAUUUAUCAUAAUGACAACUCGCUGGAAAACUACACCAAGUAAGAAUCAGCCCAUACACACCCAUCCUCAGAACUGCUCCUCAUCUUGACUGACACUAUAUAGUCCAUAGUUGUUUUUUGGCCAAGUUCUCUUAUGGCUGCUAACUAGCUCCUUUCAAAGUUCUGUUAACUUCGCAUGAUCUUUGCGACUGUUUCAUGUGAAAAGCUGCCAUGCUGUAUCUUUCAUUCCCAGAGAGAAGCUAAAGCAGCUCAUUGAGAAGCGGAUCGGGAAGGAGAACUUCGUAGAGAAACUGGGCUUCAUAACAAAACAUGAGCUGUACUCGCGGGCAGCUCAGAAGCCGCAGCCUGUCUUCCCGUCUCCAGAGCAGAUGCUUUUUGACCAUGAGUUCACUAAGCUGGUCAAAGAGCUGGAGGGUCAGUCAGAGUCCAUCCAGAGACCAUUUAUUUAUUGUCAAUUUUCAAGGAGGCUUUAGUAUUUCAUUUUGUCUGUUUCUCCCUGCAGGAAUAAUCACCAAAGCAGUUCAUAAAUCCAGUGAGGAGGAGAAGAAGGAAGAGGAGGUGAAGAAGACGUUAGAGCAACAUGACAACAUUGUUACUCAGUACAAAGAGCUGAUUAGAGAACAGGUAAACAGAGCCGCAUGCUUCUGCCCUUUGAAUUUUGCUUCAUGUGUAUUUGACGUUAUUCAUAUCCAGUGUACCUAACUGUUGACCGCCUGAUCUCCAGGAUUCUCAAAUCCAGGAGCUGAAGGAGCAGGUAUCAUCCAUGUCAUCUCAAAACGAACAGUUGCAGGUGACGGUCACACAACAGCUGUCUCAGAUCCAGCAGCACAAAGAUCAGUACAACAUCCUCAAACUGAAAUUAGGUGAGUUCACCUCUUUGGUCCGAUGGGAUUAGGUGACCCUCUGGGAAAAUCUGGGAUCACAAGAAGUGAUUAUUUUAAUGAUUUUAAGAUGGUUUAUUUACACAGCUAAAAGAUUUUCUCUCAGUUUCAGAGGUUUGUAUCAUUUUAGUGGUAAUUGUGUUCUUUUCAGCGUACUUGUGGGUUGAAUUAACAUUCAUCUCAAGCAUUUUCACUCAGGGUAAAGGCUAAUUAUUGACCUUUUAUCAACAUCUUUUAUAGUUUUUCAGACGAGCUAAAUGAACAGUGAAAAUAAAUCAUAAUACAAAAAACAUAUUAAAAGAAGAAAAAUGAUUUAAACUGCUCCAUAUGCACAGUUUGUUGAAGUGCUAGCUCUCAGUGAGCAGUAACUUUUGUCAAGACCACUCAGAAUCUAUACUUAACACUGUCAGGUGGUUCGAGAAAAAGCUGGGUAAUAAUGGAUGUAGACAAUCUGCCCAUUUUAAUUCUAGCCAAAAUGCUAAAUUCAUUGUUUUGUAAAGAAAUCACAGCACUUGAGUUGUGUGUCUAUCGUCGUAUUGAUGGUAACGUUUUAAGGCUUCUCUGCUGAGGUUCGGAUCUGUGAAGUUUGGAAAGAGGAACUCAUCGGCAGGAAAAACCUUUUCAACAGUUAAAAUUUGGAGUUAAAAGCAGUUGUGACAAUUUGUGAUUUUGUUUGAAUGAAGCUAUAUGUGCACUUUGUUGUAACUUCAGGUAAAGACAACCAGAGUCAGAUGAACAGCCAGGUAGACGGCUCACAGGUGAAUGGACUUCAGACAGAGGAGGUCGCACAGCUCAGAGAGGAGCUGGAAGAGCUCCGCAAGCAACACACACUCCUUCAAACACAACUCACUGAGAAAGACACACUCAUCAGCAACUUGGUUAGUAACUGUCUGUGCACAGUGACGUGUUCUGGUGUGAAACUUUUCCACGUUUGUGUGUAUGCUAAAAGGACACAUGCUCCUCCAGACAUAUCCAGAUGUGUUUGUGUUUCAGUGACUUUUUAAUAUUUUUCUGUGUGUGACGACAGAGGUCAGAGACUCCGCAGAUUGCAGAGGAUUCAGCGGCAGAAUCAAACAACACAGAACUACUCCAGGUCAGACAUCCUUACAGAGUUCUUUCUCUUUCUCCAGCUUGUGGGUCAAUCCUUUAAAAACAUCAAGAGCAUCAAAAUGUCUAAUGGUUUUUUGAUUAAAGGAUAAAAACAGUAUUAUUCUGUAUUUUUGUAAUUAAAAAAUGCCAUAAAAGACAAAAUUGAACAAAGUAGAAAAUGUUUUUAAAUACUUUAUGAUUGCUCCUCUUUCUGUGGCUGGUUUGUACCCACUGAAGAUACAAACGUAAAAAUGUAGUCAGGAAGAAAAGUUUAUUUUUAUUGAGUUAAUCGGGCGCAUUUACGAGGACAUGACUCAAAAUAAAUUGCAGCAUGUUUCUUAUUUCCUAUCAUAACUUCAUACUCUGGUUGUAACUAUGAACUUUUUUCAUACAUAGCUGGGCACGCAUAAUUUUUAAGGCAUUGUCAUGUACAUGUUGGUUAUCUGUGUUCGUUGCAGGAGCUGGAGGCCCUGAGGAGUCAGGUCCAGUCACAGACGGCAGAAAUCAUGCAGAUGAAGACAGAAAGAGAGGAGCUGCUUAAGAGAAACGAAGCUAUGGUACAUUUCAAGCAAAAACUGCAAAACAGAUCACAUAGCCGUUUGCAGAUACUAGAUCGGUGAACCUUCUGAUGUUUUCUAUCAGUCCUCAGAUGCAGCAUGCAGCAGCGAUGACUUAGCAGACUCUGCCAAGAUGGCAGAACUUGAAAGCAGACUCACAGCACAGAUGGCAGCUACAGAGAGACUCAAGGUCUCAAUUAUUGUUCAGCAGAAGUUAUAUUGUCUUGCAUAAUUUCUUUCAAGUAAUAAUAAUAAUAAUGUCCUCUAAUUUAUUCUAUUCAACAAAUGCUUAUUGUUUUCACUUUGCCUCUGUGCUUCUCUGUGUUCAACCUCUUCUUUGCUGGUCCAGGCAGAGGCAAAGAGCCUGUCAGAGAGCCGAGCAGAGCUGGAGCAGCAGCUGGCCUCAGCCACCAGCACAGUGGCCAUCCUACAGACAGAGAAGGGCAAACUACAGACAGAGGUUCAGGAGUCCAAAAAAGAGCAGGACGACCUGCUUAUGCUGCUGGCGGACCAGGACCAGAAAAUACACAGCCUCAAACAGAAACUCAAAGACCUCGGAGAGACGGUAGACAAACUCUCUGAGUUAUCUGUUACAGACUUAACAGGACUAUAAAACAGAUUGAAUUAUCCAUACAGGGAAUUUUUAAAAUGAAAUUUAGGUCAAUGUGACAAAGGUGGGGACACAGAAAAUGAUAGUUUUACCUAGUAAAGAUAAUCCAGUAUAAGCAUAAAUCAAUAACGCUCGUGUUGUCAAUGAAAACAAAAAAAGUUUUUUUCAAAUCAAUACUAAAUCAAUACAAUCUAGAUCUGUAACAUUUUAAAACAAUCUAAUGUAUAGAGUCCUAAAUGAAAUAGUCCUCAAGUCACAGGCUCUGUUUACACUCGGCAUUAACACAUACCCAUUCUGAAUUAGCCAGCUAAUGUGCCCCGGGCCACAUUCAGUCAUACUGAGUCUCUGAAUUCUGACGUGGGAUCAUUGGCCUGUCAGUCAUUGUCUAAUUUCAUUCUUCUCUUCUGCAUCCUGUGGAAAUCUUCAGGUUUUCACACUCCUGUCAUCCAGGUGUGAGCGGACAAAGUUGUAGCAGCAGGACAGGAAAAGUUAACUCAGUAGCCCGAGAUGAAUAUUUUUUAUUCCAUCACUGAGACAGUGCGUCUUAUCUUUGAAAACGAGUCAAUUACAAAUGCUGGCCAGAGAGAAGAGUUAUCCACUUCUCAUUGAAUCAAGCAUCAUGUAUAUUUUAGCCGGAGUAAACGGAGCCUAAGAAUCUCCCAGUUUAACUGAACCUGUAGUUGUUUAGACGUUGUGACUAGUGAGCAGAUACUUCAAAGACAUGCUCUGUGUCCACACCACUCAGCUGUGUUUCAUCUUUUUUUGCUUUAGUUAGACUGUGACACUCUCCUUACAGGUGGACGAUGAGGAUGACCUCGACACCAGGGACCAAACAGAUGACGAUUACGAGGAGGAUGAGGAUGAAGAUGAAGAUUAGAGGGGGGAAAAAAAUCCUCCAAAAGAAGAAAAAAGAAGAGAUCAGAUCUGUUCGUCUGCAGGAAAGAAAAGACUUUCCAGAAACACACCUGAGAAACUGGACUUCAAGACUAACACACUGAAGCAGUUUCUCUCCCCAGCUGCCAUGCUAUGUUCAUUUUUCUUUCCCCUGAUUCAUCACAUCACACGUACACGUUAAUUUGAAGACGUUUUCGUAGUUAAAGACGAGGUUCUUCAGGUUUCAGUGACAGAAAAAAAGAGAAACGUGUCAGUGCAUUCAUCUCUGCCGCUGUUCACCAUCAGUUAGUGAUGGUUUUUACCAGUUAUGUGUUUAAUGUAACUUAGUGUCACAACAUGUUCAGUUAAUUAAAAACCACAAGUCACCUAAGGAAUUCAGAGAGGAGAAUAUCAAAUGUAGCUAAAAUAGUAAAAUUAGCAAAUUUAAUGUUAUGAAUUUUUAUUAUAUCAUUAACAUUGUGGUCAGCCUUUGAUGUUCUUCCCUCUCAUGCGAUCAGGAUCACUCACGACUGGUCACUGUGCCGCACACUUGGUUUAUCUUCACAACCACCGAUCAGUUCAGGUUCAGUGUGAAAAGAGUGUUUCAGAGUUACUUCAUUUCACUUUGAAAACAAAUACCUAACUGCUCUACAAUAUGCUGCAUAAGACGGAAAAUAACACUGACAGAAAAGAUGUAAAGACAAAAAAGAUAUUUUUGCAACUUUUUUUCCAGUCUGGCAUCCAGCUUCUGUAUGAUAUUGUGUAACUUAUCGAUUUAUGAGCCACAUUGAUAUGAAUAAAGAAUCUAUCAGUCUGUAUGCCUGUAUGGUGAGAUAAUUGUAGAUAAAUUAAAUUUUACUAAAUCUGUACUGAGA